AUGAACAACGAUAAAAUGGAUCAGGAUCCUCCUUAUGAUUCAAGUCAAUACUAUAUGAAUGUUGACGUCGAUAACAAUCAUCAUAUGGGGAAUUUGAACACAUCUCCAACGUUCAAUAAUCAUCGUUUUGGUAAUAUCAGCGUUGAUUCUCAUUCAUCAUUCAAACCUCCUACAGUGUUUCAAUUACCAAAUCAUAGUACCAGCAAUUUAUCUGAUAAUAGUUCAUUACAAUCCAUACAUUCACCUAGUCAGAAUUUCAAUAGUUAUUAUAACGAUGAAGUCAUACAUCAACAAUUUGCCCAACAACAAUAUUAUGGACAAGAAUUUGAUGAUGAGGUAAGAGAAGAACAAAUGAGAGCUGAACAAAUGAGAGCUGAUCAGUUAAAAGCUGAACAAAUGAGACAAGAACAGAUCAGGCAGGAACAAUUAAGACAAGAGCAUAUGAGACAAGAACAAUUACGAGCUGAACAGAUGAGAGCUGAACAAUUAAGACAAGAACAAAUGAGAGCUGAGCAAUUGAGACAAGAACAAUUGAGACAAGAACAGUUGAGACAAGAACAAUUACAACAACAAGAAAUGGAAAGAAGACAUGAAGAGAAAGCUCAAGAAGAAAGAGAGAGAAAAGUUCAAGUGGUUGCAUCACCAUCAGUUCAACUUGAUAAUAAAUCAUCUUCUUAUGUAUAUUUCAAUCGUCAACCUGAACUCCUUUCAAAAUUUACUCAAGAUAAAUCAUCAGCCAUCAAAUUAAAAUUGGAAAAUUACUAUCAAAUGUCCAUUAGUCAUGCCAUUGAAAGAAAUCAAAGAAGACUUGAUUUAGAACAUAAAUUAACUACUGAAGAGGCUGGAUCAUCAGAAGAACGUAAAAAUAGACAAUUACAGAACUUGGGUAAGAAAGAAUCACAAUUUUUAAGAUUACGUAGAACCAAAUUGAGUUUGGAAGAUUUCAUUACGGUUAAAGUCAUUGGUAAAGGGGCUUUUGGUGAAGUUAGAUUGGUUCAGAAAAAAGAUACAGGGAAAAUUUAUGCUAUGAAAACAUUACUAAAAUCCGAAAUGUAUAAGAAAGAUCAAUUGGCUCAUGUUAAAGCUGAAAGAGAUGUUUUAGCAGGAAGUGAUUCUCCUUGGGUUGUUUCAUUAUAUUAUUCAUUUCAAGAUUCUCAAUAUUUAUACUUAAUUAUGGAAUUCUUACCGGGAGGUGAUUUAAUGACAAUGUUGAUUCGUUGGCAAAUUUUCACUGAAGAUAUCACUAGAUUUUAUAUGGCUGAAUGUGUUUUGGCUAUUGAAGCUAUUCAUAAAUUAGGUUUUAUUCAUAGAGAUAUCAAACCUGAUAAUAUCUUGAUAGAUAUCAGAGGUCAUAUUAAAUUAUCUGAUUUUGGUUUGAGUACAGGUUUCCAUAAAACUCACGAUUCUAAAUAUUAUAAGAAAUUAUUAGAUAAAGAACCAGCUAAGAACAAUUAUUUAAAUCCAAAAGAUACAGUUAAGAGUAGGAAUUCCAUGAUGGUUGAUGCGAUUCAUUUAACUAUGUCUAAUCGUCAACAAAUGCAAACAUGGAGGAAAAGUCGAAGAUUAAUGGCAUAUUCCACUGUGGGGACUCCUGAUUAUAUCGCGCCUGAAAUCUUUAUUCAUGAAGGUUAUGGACAAGAAUGUGAUUGGUGGUCUUUAGGUGCUAUUAUGUUUGAGUGUUUGAUUGGAUGGCCCCCAUUUUGUUCAGAAACUCCUCAUGAGACUUACAGAAAGAUCCUUAAUUGGCAAGAAACAUUGCAAAUCCCUGAAGAUAUCCAUUUAUCGCCGGAAGCCGAAGAUUUAAUCAAGAAAUUAUUAACUAGUAGUGAGAAUAGGUUAGGUAGAUAUAAUGGAGCCGAUGAUUUGAAACGUCAUCCAUUUUUCCGAGGGGUGGAUUGGGAAACUAUCAGAAAAGUCGAUGCUCCAUUUAUACCCAAACUUAGAUCUAUCACUGAUACGAGAUUUUUCCCAACAGAUGAAUUGGAGAAUGUUCCUGAUGCUCCAGCUCCAGGAAAAAUUGAAGGAGGUAAAAAUGUUAAAGAGGAUUUACCUUUCAUUGGAUACACUUAUAGUAGGUUUGAUUAUUUAACUAGGAAGAAUGCAUUAUAA